AACUAGCAUUGUUUACAAGACAUGGGCAUGGACCGAAAGUGGAGCUGACGGCACACGCUACGAAACCCCAAACAGCUAUGCUGACGUGAGAUAAAACACUAAAAAGGCAGCUAUGUGUGAGCUCGACUAGGAGCUCCCAGGUGAGACAUGGAUUUCCUCACUCUGUUCGCUAUAUACGUCGCGGUGGUGCUAACAUGUAUCGUCCUCGUCUGCAAAUACUCAGGCCAGCAGCAAACCCCCUUCACUAUCCUCUUCAACUUUCUAGUAAAGGUAAUUUCACCAUUCACGCCCAAAUGGCUUCAAAAGCUUUCACAGUGGACCUUGCACAGGCUGUUUCAUCAAAGGAACAACAUGUUCAUCUAUCUACAUAUCCUGCUGGAGGGUGCUGUGUAUGCAGAGUUCACCUAUGAGGUGUUUGGCUUCUGCAGGGAGAUGGACACCACUCUGACCAGCCUGUCUGUGCCUUACGUCCUGCUGGCCAUAAAGUCUGUUUUCUUCUACCUCUGCAUCAAGAGAGAUCCAGGCACAGUGACAAAGAAGAAAGUCGCUGGCCAGAUACACAUCUAUCCGUAUGACAGGAGACUGUUUCACCCAGGAGUCUCCUGUCCAACCUGCCAGCUCGUCAAACCGGCCCGCUCCAAACACUGCAGGGUCUGCAACAGAUGUGUUCAGCGUUUUGACCACCACUGUGUCUGGGUGAACAACUGUAUCGGUGCUCAGAACACACGCUACUUCCUGCUUUACCUCUUCAGCGUGUGCGCCAUGGCAGGCGACAUUGCCCUACUGACAGCAGACAUGCUGUUUCAUGCUGUAUUGCGGUCAGGGCUUAUGAGGGCCAGUUAUAUAGAUGAAUAUGGCCAGCAGCAAGCAACGGGGCCUCUGUUUGUUGUACAGCAUCUAUUCCUCACCUUCCCCCGAAUUGUUUUUAUGCUGGGCUUUCUGGUCUUUGUCUUCUUCCUGCUGGCGGGUUAUGCCCUGUUCCAUUCCUACCUGGCUGUUGUCAACCAGACCUCCAACGAGUGGUACAAAAGUCGAGGUUACGUUUGUCAGCACUGCCACCCAACUUCAACAGCAGACCAUCUCUGUAGCCCAACACCAGAUCACUCUAAAAGACACUACUACAGCCGAGGGCUACUUCGAAACCUGGGCGAGAUUUUCUUCCCUCCGCAACCUGUUCGGAAAAAAGACAACUGAAAGAUACUGCCUUCUGUGUUGUUAUGCUGCAUUCACUGUACGUUCCCCUCGGAUUUACUGUCCACGAGAUCUACUGCUACUACUACAGGGAAAAUAAAGUUUAUGUCAGUGAUUUCUUUAUGA